AAUACCAAAUUCAAAAUUGAGUGGAAAAUUGGAAACCCAAUCUUCUUGAUAUCAUGGAGUCAGAAAAACGGCAUAAACAGAUCCAGUAAACCAUAAAUACAACAAAUUUCUUGUGGCGAAGAACAUACAGUGGCCGUUACACGCACUGCAAAUUCAAUCAAGUUUGAAUAUUUAUUCUCUAAAUUUUGAUCCAUCAGUAUUCCAAGAUCCCAAUCAGGAGGAAGAUCGGCUGAACUUUAGGCUUUUGCAUACUCGAUCAGUUCGAUGAUAUCAAGAUUUUUCAUCAUCUUCAACUUCUAGUUGAUCUUUUCAAAGAAGUUCCCGAUUUCAAGACACCAGGUGCUGUCAAAAACCUGAGUCUCUCUUUAAUUUAAUGUUCAAGUUUUUAAUUACUUUAAGAUCUUAGUGGCAGCUCCAUGUGCAUAAUGGUUUACGCUGCUUUUUAUGUUAUAUAAUAUCCUUUUGAGAUCCCUGUACCCAGUUUUCAUUAUUGGUUUUCUCUCCGUUUUCUUCGGUUCUAAAUUUUAAAUUUAAAGAUUUGGGUUUGGGAAUUUUGUAAUUUGUAUUCAAAUCGAUAUGGGUGUUUUGAUCUUUCUUGAGCUUGUCGAUUACUUAAACUUUUAAUCGCAAAAAGCAUGAAGAAUGUGUUGAUAGGGACACCUUUCCAUCAUCGUUUCUAAGGCAAUUGUUUCUUGCACGCAAAGUGUUUGUUCUUAGGUGUCAAUGGGAUUCUUUACGCCUGUCCUCAUCUAUUGAUUCAUUGGAUCCAAUGGAGAAUUACUUGCAACCAAACUGUAAAUAUAUAUAAAUUAUAUUUCCAAGUUGUUGCUCUUGAUUUGUGUAUGAUCAUGUACCUUCAUAGAUUUGUAAUGUUAUUCUCCAUAGAGUUGAAGAAUUUAUAAUCCACAUACCAUUGUUCACUCUAGGUGAUUCUAUAUUUCUAUAUGCCUGGUGUACUAUUUCUUUCGCUUGAGAAUCAGAUUAGUUUACAUACAGUUUCUUUAAGUAUGUCUUUUAAAGAUCUUUUAUGAAACUAAGUUAUAUGUCAUUUGAUUCUGCUUGUGAAUUGGAUGGAUUGUGAAUGAUUUUCUUAUCAAUGAUGAUCGCAGAAAAUAUAACGAGGUAAUUGACAGAAGUGUUUAUUUGCUUGCAGGACUUCUCUUCGGUAGUCUUUUUGUUGAGGUAGUUUGUCAUGGUUAAAAGUGAAUCAUAUUGAUGUACAAUGCAGAGAUCACGUAAAGCUCUUCUGGAGAGAAGAGCUUUGGGAAAGCCUAUUCUUGGGAAACACAACUUUUAUAAGGUUUCUUUGUCGCUUGCCGUUUUUAUUUGGGGGCUCCUUUUCCUAUUAAAUUUAUGGAUAGGCCGUGGCGAUGGUUAUAGAGAUGGUCUUGAAGAUCUCCCUAAAGGUUUAAGAACUUGGGGUGAAUUGAAGGUGGAGCCCGAUAAAGAAUCUUAUUGCUCAAUAUCUUCAGACGAAUGUGCUGCCACAGAUCUCGACUCCAAAAACCUUAUCAAGAGUGCCUGCAUCUCUGACGCUGAAAAAAAGGAGCGGGUUAUCAGUCAAGAAUUUCAAAUGGAAGAAAAAGAACCAAGUGAUCUCUCCAUAGCUACAGCAGAACAGAAGGAGAUUAUUGAUCCAAAAGGGUCAUCUAAAACUGAAAAAUCAAGAUAUGUACCUCUACGUCUUGAUGAAUUCAAGAACAAGGCUUUUAAUACAAAAAACCGACCUUCAAAUGAUAAUGUGGGAAGUAUAAUUCACAGACUGGAGCCUGGUGGUGCAGAUUACAACUAUGCUUCUGCUUCAAAGGGUGCAAAAGUUCUAGCUUGCAACAAGGAAGCAAAAGGUGCAUCAAAUAUCUUAAGCAUAGACAAAGAUAAGUACCUUCGAAACCCAUGCUCAUCUGAGGAGAAGUUUGUGGUUGUGGAACUUUCAGAAGAGACCUUAGUUGACACCAUCGAAAUUGCUAAUUUCGAACACCAUUCAUCAAAUCUGAAAGAAUUUGAACUUCUAGGGAGUUCGGUAUAUCCUACUGAAACUUGGUUAAAACUUGGAAACUUCACUGCUGGAAAUGUGAAACACACACAAAGAUUUGUUCUUCAGGAGCCAAAAUGGGUGAGAUAUAUAAAGUUGGAUCUUUUGAGUCAUUAUGGAACUGGGUUUUAUUGUACAUUGAGUUUUGUGCAAGUUUAUGGAGUCGAUGCUGUUGAAAUGAUGCUAGAAGAUUUGGUCUCUGUGCAAGAUAAGAAGUUCCCAUCUAAGGAACUUGAGAGUGAUUCAAACCCGAAGGACUUCAAUGCAAAACGUGAUUCAUUUGAUCAUGAUUCCAUUGAUGGAGUGGAACACGCGCAAUCUGUAGAUGAAUCUAAUGUUAACCGUGCAGUUACAACGAUUGAUCUUCCCGACCCUCUUGCAGAAGUACGCCAGCAACAAGCUGGAAGGUUGCCUGGGGACAGUGUUAUCAAGAUAUUGAUGCAAAAAGUUCGACUUUUAGAUAUAAAUUUAUCAUUGUUGGAAAGAUACCUUGAUGAAUUAAACUCUAAAUAUGGAUCCAUUUUCAAAGAAAUGGAUGCAGAAAUUGGAGAAAGAGAUAUACUCAUGGAGGGAAUCAGAACAGACUUGGAUAGUUUUCAUGAGAGCAAGGAGGCCUUGACUAAACAGGUUGAUGAUCUAGAAUCGUGGAAAACACUCGUGUCUGUUCAGCUGGAUGAUAUCACAAAGAGCAAUGCCUUUCUCAGAUCGGAGGUUGCAAAGGUGAGAGAGUAUCAAGUACAUAUGGAGAAUAAAGGGAUCGUUAUAUUUCUUGUUUCCUUGAUUUUUGGAUCGUUAGCUAUUGCCAGAUUAUUUCUGGGCAAAGUUUUGUUCGUUUUACAUAGUAACAAUAGAUUAGAAGAGGGUAGCGGAUCAUCUGACGGUUCAUGGAUGUUCCUGCUUUCGAGCUGUAUGAUAAUCAUCAUUAUCCUCUCGUUAUAAUCAUUUUCUUUAUGGUCGUACUUUCAAGGUCAUUUUGUGUAACAUCUCUAUGAAGAUGUACGGAAACAUUUGUUUAUAAGAUGCCAGAGAAAUAUUGCAUA